AUGGUCACCGUGAAAGGUUUCUUUCUACUUCUUUCUCUCCCCUUGCUGUCGCAGCUUCUUCCUCUUCACGCCAAUGGAAUAAGCUCCAACACUACCAGUUGCCCCGUGAAGGAAAGACGAGCCCUGUGGAAACUCAAAGCUGGUCUCAAAGACCCGUACGGCUGGCUCUCUUCCUGGACCGGCCGAGAUUGCUGCGAAUGGGUCGGUGUGAGCUGCGACAACGACAUGGGCCGUGUUGUGAAGUUGGAUCUCAGAGGCUCCGACAUAUGCGACGUGGUAGAUGAUGACGAUAAUGCUCCUGAAUCUGCACCAGAAGAUUACAAGCCGUUGUGUCUGAGUGGCCACGUAAGUCCUUCCUUGCUUGCCUUGAAGCACUUGACUUACUUGGAUCUAAGCCACAACAAUUUCCAAGGCAAUCCCAUUCCCAGUUUCAUAGGCUCUCUUAAGAGGCUGACCUAUCUUAAUCUCUCCCAAGCAUCGUUUGGUGGACUAGUCCCUCCCCAGUUGGGGAAUCUCUCGAACUUGCACUAUCUUGAUCUCAGUUCCGAAUUUUCUUCCCAUCAAGCGCUCCGAGUGUCGGAUUUAAAUUGGCUUUCUGGUCUCUCUUCUUUGAACUACCUUAACUUGGGAGGCGUCAAUCUCCGGAAGGGAUCUGCUCGUUGGCCGGAGUACGUUAACAUGCUUCCUUCUCUAAUGGAGUUGCACUUGGUGGAAUGUCAGCUCUCUGAGUUCCCUAAAUCUCUGUCAUCUGCAAACUUCACAUCGCUUUCGGUUCUUGAUCUCUCUUUCAACAACUUCAACUCCACAAUCCCUCGGUGGGUUUUCAACAUCACAACUCUUCUUGAGCUCACGCUCGAAGUUUCUGAACUCGAGGGCUCCAUUCCCGCUUUUGCGGAGGGUGCGCUGUGCGGCCUGCAGAAGCUGGACUUGUUCUUGAAUAACUUGACAGGAAACAUAAGAGAGGUUGCAGUGGGCUUGUCUGGAUGCAAUAAUAGCAGCUUAGAGACGCUAGAUUUGAGUUGUAACAACUUCAACGGUCCGUUGCCCGACUCUCUGGGAUUGCACAAAUAUUUAAGAGUUCUUCAACUCUCCGUAAAUUCCAUCUGGGGACCGAUCCCGAGUUCUCUAGGAAAUCUGUCACGUUUGGUUGAGAUGGACUUGUCCGCCAAUAAUAUGAAUGGUACCAUACCAGAAAGCAUAGGACAACUGUCGAAGCUGACCACUUUGGCCCUAGCUCGGAAUUCUUGGGAAGGUAUUGUUACGGAAAGUCACCUUCUUAAUCUAAAAGAGUUGGAGAGUCUCAGCCUAUCAUCCUAUCGGGCUAGUUCACUGAAGUUCAGAUUCACCCGAGGCUGGGUUCCCGAUUUCAAUUUAAGUUCCAUCGAGAUUAAGAAUUGCCAGUUGGGUUCGGACUUUCCCAAAUGGUUGAAGAAUCAGAAGAAACUGUCAAGCAUGACCCUUUCAGGAGCUGCGAUUUCGGGCACGGUGCCCGAUUGGCUGUGGGAACUGUCUCGACAACUUGGGAUACUAGAUCUUUCCCAAAAUCGUAUAGUGGGGAAACUUCCCAGAUUCUUAGAUUUCGGUUUUGAAGCUACAGUCAACUUAGCUUCCAACCGGUUGGAGGGUUCAUUUCCGUUCUGGUUGAAUGUGCGCGAACUCUCUUUGAAAAACAACUUGGUUUCAGGACCUAUACCAGCAAAUGUCGACCACCACAUGUCGGGCUUGGAUUACCUGGAUGUGGCGUACAACUUACUCACCGGUGACCUACCUUCUUCAGUGAGCAAGCUGAAGAAUCUGGUUUAUCUUGAUUUAUCAAACAACGCUCUUUCUGGAGAUAUUUACGCCGGGUGGGCCGUUAUGCCGAAACUGAAGAUCUUGGAUCUUUCAGAGAACAAUUUCUCUGGUCACAUUCCCUGCCAAAUGUGCUCAUUACUACCUUCCCUUGAAUGGCUAAAGCUGAGCACCAACAAUAUUUCUGGGAAGUUGCCCUCUUGCUCGUUAAACUGCACUGGCCUGUCCACACUCGAUCUAGGGAAAAACAGACUUCAUGGGUUAAUCCCGCGGUGGACUGAAGAAAGCUUAAAUAAGUUAUCAGAAUUGAUUCUCCAGUCCAAUAGUUUCAGCGGAAGAAUUCCUGAACAACUGUGCAACUCUCUGAACCUGCAUGUCUUGGACCUCACCAAUAACAACUUGUUUGGAUCGAUUCCCAAAUGUUUCGGAAAUAUGUCAGGGAUGAAACUUUUAGGGAUGGAAUUUUCUGACACUCCCACCUUUCUGACAAACUCGGAAGUCCAUAUUUAUUACUCUGGAAGCCUCGAGUUAAACAUGAAGGGAAGGCCGAUGGAGUAUUUUGAAUUGAUUCCGUUGGUGAAGAUGAUAGACCUUUCGAGGAAUAAGCUCUCAGGGGAAAUUCCUCCAGAGAUAUCAAAUCUCUCCGCAUUGAAGACAUUGAACUUGUCGAACAACAAACUGAUGGGAAGCAUACCGGGCAAAAUAUCAAGGUUGAAACAGUUGGAAACUCUCGACCUCUCAUUCAACCGCCUGUCAGGCCAAAUUCCUCCCGGCAUGUCUUCCAUGACAUUCUUGAACAGUUUGAACUUGUCAUACAACAACUUGGACGGCGAAAUUCCUAGAGGCAACCAGUUCACUACAUUCAAUCCAUCCAGCUUUGAGGGAAAUCCAGGCCUCUGUGGGUUUCCGUUGUCGCGAAAUUGCUCGACUCCGACGGGGCUGGAUGCACAAGAUCAGGACGACGAAGAUAAAGGAAAUGAGGAAGAUGAUCACGGAGAAUUAUGGUUCUACACAAGCAUCGUACUAGGAUUUUUGGUGGGAUUCUGGUCCGUUUGCGGCACGCUGGUGAUAAAAAGUUCCUGGAGACAAGCUUAUUUUAGAUUUGCAGAUAAGAUGAAGGACAAGCUCUAUUUGGCCGUCCAACUGAAAACAGCUUGGUUGCGGCGGAACUGGGAGAACAGAACCUGA